UUUUCAAAUAUAUGAGUGAAACUGUGAAAUAAUAUUUUCUUUUCGUAACAAAUUUCUAAUACUUACCGUUACAAAAUACAAAUAUACAUGAACUAUGAAAAUUAAAAUAUAAAAUCUAUGAUCUUUAUUAAUAAAAUUGUUUAUACUUGAAUAUUUUUGUCAAAUUGGUUCAUACAUCUUCCAGUGAGUGUAUAUAAAUUAUAAAUUAGGUACAUUAAGUUAAACUCUAUAUAAGCACUAUUUAAUUUAAUAGUUAUCUUAAUACCAUCUAAAUUUUGUUUUAUUUUGUAAAUACAACAUAGUUAUAUAUGUAUAAUAUAAGAAUAUUAGUUUCAUUUUAAUUUACUGAUUAAUACCAAUAUUAGGGAUCAAUUUAAUAAGUUUUGUAUCAACUAUUUGUUUUAUUAUAAAAUAAAAAAGAAAAUUAAUACAAAAUAUUAUAGAAAUGUCUGCUGGAGAAGUGGUUAUGGAAGUGCCAACUAGCUUAAAACGUCUUGCACGGUUAGUUGUUAGAGGUUUCUACACAAUAGAAGAUGCACUCAUCAUUGAUAUACUGGUCAGAAAUCCUUGCAUGAAAGAAGAUGAUAUGUGCGAAUUAUUGAAAUUUGAAAGGAAAAUGCUUAGACAACGCAUAUCAAUACUUCGAAGUGAAAAAUUUUUACAAACUCGAUUACGAAUGGAAACUGGAGCUGAUAGUAAAGCUCAGAAAGUCAACUAUUAUUUCAUAAACUAUAAGGUAAUAAUACUUUUGAAGAAUAUUGUCAGGAUAAAUAAUUUUUAAUACAUUUCCAUUUGGUUUUAUAUAGUCUUUUGUAAACAUGGUGAAAUAUAAACUUGAUUGUAUGCGGAAAAAAAUGGAAACCCAGGAACGUAAUGCAACAAGUAGAGCAAGUUUUAAAUGUGUUCAGUGUUUUAAAACAUUUACAGAUUUAGAAGUAUGCAGACAAAUAUUUUUAAAUUGACAUAUUAAAUUGUUUCAAAUAUUUUAUUAUUUUAUAGGCUGAUAUGUUAUUUGAUUUCCAAACCAAUGAGUUUCAUUGUACUUAUUGUGGAGAAUUAGUAGAAGAAGAUACGUCUGUACUACCACAACAAGAUUCAAGGGUAAUGUUGGCUAAUUUCAAUGAAGUCAUGGAACCUUUUUAUUCAAUACUUCGUGAACUCGAUGGCAUACGUCUUGCACCUGAACUUCUAGAACCAGAACCCACUCGAAUUCUUGGGUUUGUAUACUUACUAUAUUAUUUUUAUACUGUUUGAAAGUUAUAAAAAAUUGUAAUGUUUGUUAUUAGGUUGGAAUCGAACACAACACAGUCUUCAAAUAAUAAACAAAAUAUUAGUAUGGAACGAUGGGGCCCUGAUAAAAUGAGAAAUAUGGAUUCAAAUAAUUCUAAAAUGGAAGUUACCAUUGGUGAAGAUCUCCAAGACAACCGUCCAGUUGUUAAAGAACGACCUAUAUGGUUAACAGAGAGUACUGUUGUGGAAAAUACAUCCACUCGAGUAAGAUACACAUAAAUGAAUCUGUAAAUAAUAUGCUUAUUUUGUUAUCAAUAAUUAAACUACUUUUUAAAUAAUUUAAAAGAAUUCAGUUGAAAUGGAAAAUAAAGACAGUAUUGAAGGAGCUCCACUUGAGUUCACUCCUGAUGUAGAUAUAAUGACUGUCUUAUUACAACAUGAAAAACGUGCUGGUCAAACAGAUGGACCUGCCAAAAGAACUGCCCCAGACGCAGAUUCAAGUGACGAAGAUUUUUCGAAGACUGUGAAAAAUGAACCAUCUCUUGGUUCAGGUAAUACAAUUUUAUUAAUUUGAAACAUGUUAACUUUUCAGACUAGUUUUGAAAAAAUCCCUUAGGGAGGCAUAUGAUGCUACAGACUUAACAAACCUUACUAGUGUAAAGUGAGUGAUUCCUGUAGGCAUAUUACCAUUAGCCUUUAUUUUAGGGUGAAUUCACCUUAUAGUUGACAAUUAUUAUAAUUGUGUAGUAACAUAUACAAGCAUUACAAGUAAAAAAAUUAUACAGUAAAAUUAAUAAUAUUAAAAGUUUUAAAAUUAAAUAACAUGAAAAGAUGAACUUUUGGUAACUACAAAAAUAAUUUUUUGACAAUACCAUUUUAUCUUUGGGGAGGGGGAGAAUUAAAAUACUCUCAUGUUACAUCUACCUAUCAUGAAAGGUGACAAAUGGGAUUGAAUCAGGUCGAUGGCCGGUAUUAAUUCUGUCAAACAAUAUAAGGAGUUCUAAACAAGACUAAAGAAUUUUCCCACUCAGGUGUGUGUAGGGACAAUAGGUUUGAUAUUUAUAGUUGAUAUAAGUUUGAUAAAAUUAAAUCUAAUAAAAGUUAACAAUAGACUUGAGAAAUGGAAAGUUAUACUCCCCUUUUAAGUUAAGGUCAGGGGAGAGUAGUGGAACAUUAUUUUGUAUAAAAGCACAGUGUGCGGUGUUUUAAUAGUGCACAACUGCUCUCCCCUGACCAAAACUUAAAAGUGAAUAUGUCGUCAUCGGAUUGAAAAAAAUCAAAAUUUAUUUAUAACCAAAUGUUAUUUUUAUUAAUAUUCUAUCUAUUUAUAGAAUUUUUAACAUAAGGUAACAUUUAAAAAUCAAAAUUAAGUAGUGAUUUUACGUCUGAACAUAAGGGCAACAAAAAAUAAUAUGAAUAUAAAAUUGUAGAGCAACCUGUUUUUUAAAUGUUCUAUUAACACAUUCCGAAAAAAGUUAAUACUUUCCAAGAUAAUGAGUGUUCCCAGUUUAGUGAAUCAUCCUGUAUUAAUAUUAUAAUACUGUAUCAAUAUCUAACCAAAUAAAUGCAUCAACAAAUAAAAAUAAUAUUCUUUGUCUAAUUAUAACUAAAGAAAAUGUAAAUACUUUAAACAGUUGUAUUAAUCACGACUGAUGGUAUUUAAAGAAAAAAUGUUUUUGUUUUGUUUUUAUGUUGUCAUUGUAUGCAAUGUAAUAUAUGCUUCCCUAUGUUUUAUUUUUAACAAAAUUGUUGGGCUGACUAACAUGAAUUAAAGCGGUUUUAAUCUUUUAGUGUGCAUUGACCCUGAGAGGUUGACUUUGAUAGUAGACAAAAUAAGAGAAAAUAGACUGGUUUAGGUUGGAUAUGUCAUGAGGAGAGAAUAAUCAGAAACAGUAAGAAUUAUAAUACAAGUUAAUGUUGUAAGGAGAAAGAAGGCGAGAAGAAAACCAAAAAAUAGGUGAUUGGAUACAAUUGAGAAUGAUUUAAGGAUAGUUGGUGUAUAAAAAUACAAGGUAGGAUAUCUGGUCAAAUGGGAGUUUAGAAAGAAAGUGGCUGACACAAAUAGUUAGGACAAAGGUGAAGGAGAAAAUGAUCAGGUUUUGAAAAAAUGCAUUUUGUUAUUAUAAUAUUAUUAUUAUUAUUAGUGUAAAUCUUUCUUUUAUUCUAAUGGAAAUUCAAAAAUAAUUUAUUUCAGGAGUUGAAGAAUUUACGUCUGAAGAAGAAGAAGAUGAUGAAGAUGUACCUUUAGUAAGUGUUGCUGGUCGUCGAGUACCAAUUACAGAAGUUGUAAAUAUGACAGAUGCCAUUAGUCAAAUGACACCAUCUGAAAAAGAACACUACAUCCAAGUAUAUCAAGACUAUUUCUCUGCAUUGGGUGAUUAAAUGAUCCUUCAUAUUAAGAUAAAUGAUUUAUGAUUCUUAAAUAUAUCUAUGUUACAGUUAAUGUUGAAAAUUGGAUAAUUCCAGCUUUUAAUUCAGUAGAACCGAUUUAUGCUAUUAAUAUUAGAGUGGAUUGACCUAAUAUCAAACUCAUAGAUAAGAACAUAGACAGUAAUUGUAUUUUGAUUUUUAUAUUGUAAUAUUUUACAUACUCGUAUCUAACUUAAAAAUUAAUCAACGUACAAACACUGACAAUGUUUUAUAUUCAAGUUUGAUAUUAGGCCAGUUCACUCUAAUAUUGGUACUAAUAGAAUAAAAUUGGUUCUACUGAACUUAAAGUUGACAUUAUCCAAUUUUCAACAUUCGCCUUAACAUAUAUACUGUUCUAAG